CAGUUACCCACUAUGUUAUCGACCAAGUUAGUUUGCAUCGCACUGGUCAGCCUGGCUUUUGGCCAAGUUUAUCUGGUGGCCAGCGAGGAAACCAUUACCCUUUGUCCCACCAACUUUACCCAGGUGGCGGAUAAGUGUCUCCUGGUGGAUGGCAGUUGGAAGAACUUCUACGAGUCGGAUCGCCAUUGUCGAUCCCUUAACGCCGGACUUCUGAGCAUUAGCAAUCCAACGGAAUUCAAUGUCAUCAACGAAUGGCUGCCGAUCAUUGCACCAUACCAGCCGGAGUUCUGGACAUCCGGAAACAAGCUGGGCGGAACUUCCGAUUACUACUGGCAGAGUACUGGGCAGAAGGCUGUCUACCUUCCCUGGAGUGCUGGUCAACCCACUACCACCGCCGGUGAUUGUCUUACACUGAUGGCCAACGUCACCAUGACUCCCGAAGAAGCCAUAUUGAGUGUGCACCGCCUAACGGUAAAGCCCUGCACCCAAUGGGCACCCCACAUCUGCCAGGCUCCACUGGAAAUCUUCAAGACCCAGCUUUGUCUCAAUACCACAGCUUUCUUCGAGGCGAAGAUACCCGUUUAAGUAAAUUCAGGGGGCCAUAAUUGUUCGUUUUUCAAUAAUUAUAAAUUGUCAUAACUAAAAACUACGUUUUAAAUAAACUUGAGCAACUUUUG